GAUCCUUCAAACAUACUGCAAUGGCCUCUUCUUCAACUUCAUCCAUUCACAAGAGCUUUAAGUAUGAUGUGUUUUUGAGCUUUAGGGGUGAAGACACCCGUACGAACUUCGUUGAUCAUCUUUAUCAGGCUCUUAAGCAAAAAAGCAUUCAUACAUACAAGGACGACCAGAGAAUCAAAAAAGGGAAAAACAUUAAUGAGGAGCUCAUCGGAUCCAUUGAAGACUCAAAAUUCUACAUCAUUGUUUUCUCCAAGAACUAUGCCUCUUCAUCUUGGUGCUUGGAUGAACUUGUGAAGAUAAUGGAAUGUCAUAGAACCACUGAGCAUACCGCUUACCCCUUGUUCUAUGACGUGGAACCUUCAGAAGUCCGCAAACAAAACGGGGCAGUGGCAGAAGCCUUUGCAAAACAUGAAAAGGAAGAGGCUGCAGGGAAAUGGAGACAGGCUCUGAAAGAAGCAGCAAAUCUGUCUGGAUGGGAGUUGAAAAGGACUGCUGAUGGGCAUGAAGCUAUAUUCAUCAAAAAGAUAGUUGGAGAGAUUUCAAGAGAGUUACGAUCCAUCAGAUUCAACAUUGAUGAAAAUUUAGUUGGCAUGGAGUCCCGGAUCAAAGAAGUUGCAUCAUCUUUAGGAAAGGGGUUUGAUGAUGUUCGGAUGAUUGGAAUCAAGGGGAUUGGAGGUGGUGGGAAGACAACUUUGGCCAGAACUGUUUUUGAUCAAAUAGCUUUUCAGUUCGAAGGUAAAAGCUUCAUUGAGAAUGUCAGAGAAGUUUCAAAUGCUUCUUUGUUUGGUUUAAAGUCAUUGCAAAAUCAAAUCCUGUCAGAUGUCUUAAUUGACGAAGAGAUCAAUGUUAGUAGUGUUUAUGAUGGGAAACACAUGGUGAAGAGGAUGUUGCGUGAUAAAAAGGUUCUUGUUGUAUUAGAUGAUGUUGAUCAUGUAGACCAGCUUGAGGCGUUAGCCGGUGAGCCUAAUUGGUUUAAGCCGGGAAGUAGAAUCAUCAUCACUACAAGAGAUGAACAGGUGCUGGUAGCACACCGAGUGAAGUUCAUUCAUGAUGUCAAUCUUUUAUCGGAUAAGGAAGCAAGUUUCCUCUUCAAUAGGUAUGCAUUUGGGGGAGAGAUCCCAACUGAAGGGUACAAAGAGCUAUCAAGACAAGUUGUACACUAUGCCGCUGGUCUUCCCUUAACUAUCAAAGUUUUGGGUUCGUUUCUUUGUGGUAAAGAUGAGCUUGAAUGGAUAGAUGCCCUAAGAAGACUAAAAACAAUUCCAUUAGCAGAAACUCUGAAAAAAUUGGAAUUAAGCUAUACCAGUCUAGAGGACGAUUACAAGGAAAUAUUCCUAGAUAUUGCAUGCAUUCUGAAAGGUUGGAAGAAAAACAAUGCAAUUACAGCGCUUGAAAGUUGUGGAUUUCAUGCUAGAAAUGGUUUAAGAGUUCUUAAGCAAAAAUCUCUCAUAACCAUUUCUCGUAAUCAUGUGGGAAUGCAUGACCAUCUUGAAGAAAUGGGCAAGAAUAUUGUUCGUCGUUCACACCUCGAUAAGCCUCACAAGCAUAGCCGAUUGUGGAUUGAUGAUGAAAUUGAAGAUAUAUUGGCUAAUGAUUUGGGAACUAAAGCAACAAAAUGUAUACAGUUCUACACCGCGACACUCACUCCACAUAUUUUUAUAAAAAGUCUUGGAAAGAUGAAAGAGCUUAGAUUUCUUUCUGUGGUUCUUGGGGGUCGUUUAUGUAAUACGGAAUCUAAUUUAGUCAGCCCAGCGUUUCCAAAGGCUUUACGAUAUCUGGAUUUGAAAGAUUACCCCUUUAGUUCUUUACCAGAGGCAUUUCAAGCAAAUAAUCUUGUUGCACUUAAGAUGGCUUAUAGUAAAAUCGUACAACUUUGGGAAGGGGGAGAAGGAAAGGUUCUUAACAAGCUUAGAUUCCUUGAUCUCAGAUGUUCAAGGUUAAGAACCUUUGACCUUGGGCUUACUCCAAAUCUCGAGACCUUGAAUCUUCGACGAUGUACUGAUUUGGUAGAACUUUGCAUGCCCAUUAGAUAUUUAAAGCUCAUCUAUGUCAACCUCACACGUUCAAGGUUGAGGACCCUUGACCUUGCUCUGGCUACGAAUCUCAAGACUUUGAUUCUUGCUAAAUGCCGUAACUUGGUAGAACUUCACAUGCCCCGUAGAUGUCUAAAUCUCAUAUCCCUACAACUCAGUAAUUCAAAGUUGAGGACCUUUAACAUUGGGCUGACUCCAAAUCUCAAGUCUUUAGAUCUUCAAAAAUGUUCCUAUUUAGAAGAAUUUCACAUGGCUGGUGAAUGUCCAAAGCUCGCCACCCUCAACAUAAGUCAUUCAAAGUUGAGGACUCUUGACCUUGGGCUGACUCCAAAUCUGGAGGCGCUAUAUCUUAAAGAAUGUUCUAAUCUGGUAGAACUUCACACUUCUAUUGGAUGUCUAAACAAACUUGUCCACUAUGACUUAAAUGGUUGUUUGGGGUUUAGAUCUUUUUUGUUUAACAUAAAGGAUUAUACUUGUUGUAGUCUGAAUAAAUCACAUAAGGUUGGUCCAAUAGCUGAGUUAUAUCUGAUUGCGGAGUCCCUAAAAAAAGGCCCAUUUCACACCAGCAAUAAUCUGGCCAAGUUCUGGUUUAGUUGUUUUUAUGAAGAAGAGCGACACACGCUGACUAGGAAUGUCGAGAUACUUAUUUAUGUAGGUAUGUGUGCUUGCACAAUCCUUGAGACGUCUUCAGGUUGUGGGUUACAACGUAUAAGGAAGCUUAAAGUGGAUGGAAAUCUUCUUAAGGCACCCAAGGACCUUGACCAGUUCGAAUGUCUUGAGGAACUAGUUUUUAGGUCUACAAAGAUUAAUCGUCUCCCGGAUAGUAUUUGUAUGUUGAAACAUCUGAAAUCUCUCAAACUUGUUUUCUGUAUGUUUCUUGAGAAGUUACCCGAGGAUCUUGGCCGAUUAGAACGUUUAGAGAAGCUAGAAUUGUCAUAUAUAAAGAUUAAACAUCUUCCGGAUAGCAUUCGUAUGUUGAAACAUCUUAAAUCUUUCAAACUUACUUCUUGUUCAUGGCUUGAGAAUUUACCGGAGGAUCUUGGUCAAUUAGGAUGUUUAGAGGAGCUAGAUUUUUCCUUUACAAAGAUUAAACAUCUUCCGGAUAGCAUUUGCAUGUUGAAACGCCUGAAAUAUCUUAAACUUUAUGAUUGUUCGCUGCUUGAGAAGUUACCACAGGAUCUUGGCCAAUUAGAAUUUUUAGAGAACUUAAACCUCCGCUAUUGUAUUCGAAUUGGAAAGUUGCCUGAAGAACUUGGAUGUUUAGGAUGUUUGAGAGAGUUAGAUAUAGGAGGUACAAACAUAAAUCGUCUUCCGCAGAGCAUUCUUUUGUUAAAAGGUCUGUGUAUUUUUGCGUCGAUAGGGCUUCUUCAGUCAUCUGGUUUUACAUUCGAGAUACAAAGCAAUGAAAUGUUAAACUACAUAAUAGUGGGAUGA